CUUUCCCUCAUGAAACCAAAAAAAGUUCCCACGACGCCGAUUGACUCCUCCACGCGCCGGGUGACACAAGUCUUUUUUCUACAUUUCCCACUCGACGAUUCCCUCUCGACAUGCCCAGGUCAGAGGCCAUGAUUGUAUAAUUCGUCCAUGCAUUACAAGAAGCUUGCAGUCGCUGCCGCAUCAAAGAGGAUAAGAACCGUGCUGCCGACUCGACUCUCUACCACCACAUCCUCGCUCCUAUCGCUUAGACGUUGUCUUUCAACAAGAGACUGUACAGUAUCUUCAGACUCGUCAGCAGAUCCACCGGCCUUCACGAACUCAAGAAUACGCUCGAAUCCUAGAGCCACUCCGUCCCGAGAUCCUCGUCCAGCGAAGCCAACUACUCCUCUCGUCGUCAAGCUUUCGAGCAAAGAUCGGCCUUCCAAGUUCAAGAUCCCAGACUCGGUCUCCAAGACAGUCGCUAGAGAACUCCUUCGCAACAAAUACCUCUUCUCCGAAUACAGUCUCUUCUCGCCGCACCGAGGCUUUCAAAAGUGGAAGAAUCACGGCCUUCUGAAGCACACCAAGAUCCCCGACGACUUCUUUCGCGGCCGCAUCCCUAUCAAGCUCUACCCUUAUCAGGUCGACGGACCUCGUUUCAUCCUUGCUUCUCCUGCUCCAGAAAAAAAGGAAGCUCCUCCAGCGCCUGCAAAACCCGAGUACGGCGCCAUGCGCAGUCACGUCCAGAUCGUCGCCGCGCCGACGGCCGACACCCCGGGCGCAUGCCUCCUCGUCCACUAUGACAACCGCCGUUACGUUUUCGGUCACCUGUCCGAAGGCACUCAGCGCCUCUUCACCGAACACAAGAUCCCCGCCGCGAAGCUGUCGCACAUCUUCCUCACGGGCAAGACGGACUGGGCAACGACGGGCGGCCUGUUGGGUAUGAUUCUUACGGUUGCCGACGUUAUUAUAAGCGCAAAGACUGCAGUGGAGGAGGAGAACAGGCUUCGCCGUAAGAAGAACAAGCCAGAUAUCGUCCACGGCGGCCCUCAACGCAUCGAGAUCCACGGCUCCAAGAACCUCGAGCACAUGUUAGCUGCUGCUAGACGCUUCGUUUUCCGGAAGGGCUUCCCGCUCGACGCUCAUGAGCUCCGCGCCGAUCCUAGGGCCGCAAACCCCGAGAACAGCGAGCCUGACUAUGAGGAUGAGAACCUCAAGGUCUGGAAGAUCCCCCUUGUCGCCACAGGCAUGGAGAGCCGGUCGCGUAGUAGCAGUACCGGCUCACAGAACCCGCGGAAGCGGAAGCUGAACUCUUCGGAGGAGCCCGAGGCUAUGGAGACUGUGGCGGAGGAAGAGGACGGAGAGGUUGUGGAGGAUGUGCCGGCGGGGCUAGAGAACGACGAGGAGAAGACCAGGCUUCUUAUGCAGACGAUCAUCAAGCACAUGUUCGACUCGGACUGGAAGGCGGACACUCUUGUAGAGCAGCCCCUACACAAGGUCAAGCUGCCGGCCAAGAUUUUUGUUCGCGACGAUGAAGGCAAGAUCACAGUCUACAAGGGCCCAUUGCCGGGGAGGGACGCCAACGUUCCCGAUAUCAGGGUGCUUGUGAGGGAGCCUUGGCCUGGUGCGCUCAUCCACCGGUUGCCGCCUACGGACCCUUGCUUUGAUUCUACAUGCUACAUUGUCAAGAAUCAUGCUCGCCGAGGCAAGUUCCAACCUGCAAACGCGCUCAAGUACGGCCUACCCAAGUGGACCUUCAGCAAGCUUGCAAAGGGCGAGAGCGUGACGGCAGAGGACGGAACUGUUGUUACCCCAGAUAUGGUCUUGGACCCUCCUAUUCCUGGCCAUGGUUUUGCUCUCAUCGAUGUCCGCUACGAGUAUCUCCUCGAUAGUCUCCUCAGGAGGCCCGAGUGGGAGAACAAGGAGAUCAUGGAGCAUAUUGAUGCUUUUUACUGGAUUCUUAGCCCAGAGGUCAAGGACGAUUCCCGCCUGAAGGACUUCAUGGCGAAGCACAACUCCUUUAAGCACAUUGUUCUCGGUGAGGGAAUGAACCCCAACACUAUCUCAUUCGCGGGCGCGUCUGGGAAAGCCAUCAUGAUGCAUCGUAUGGACCCCGACCGCUUCUCCAUUCCCAACCAUAACAACCAGGAAGAGGCCUUACCAGCGGGUUUGGCAUCUGUUGCGGAGCUGGGCAAGCCCGGCGAAAGACUACUGCUCUCUCCUACGGUCGAAUUCCAGCCCAAGUUCGCCAACGCUCUCAUGAACACCAUCAGGCCCAUCAAGGAGCUCACUUCCACCCACGCCAAGGCCUUCAACCUGGCGCUCGAAGCGCAAGAGAAGGUUUCCGACCCUGCUUUCGCCGCCCGCGUCGCCGAGUCCGAGCAAGACAUUCCCAAUCGGGACGCCGAGAUCGUCACCCUCGGCACCGGCUCCGCCCUUCCCUCCAAGUACCGCAACGUCUCAGCCACGCUCAUCCGCGUCCCCGGCUACGGCAGCUACCUGUUCGACUGCGGCGAGAACACCCUCGGCCAGCUCCGCCGCGUGUACGGCUACGCCGAAACCGACGCCAUCCUCCGCGACCUGCGCGCCAUCUACAUCUCCCACCUGCACGCCGACCACCACCUCGGCGUCCCCUCCGUUCUCGCCCGCCGCGCCGCCGCCAACGCCGCUCUCCCCGCCGAUGAGGCCCCCAAGCCGCUCACCAUCAUCUCCACCUCCAAAUACAUCGGCUUCCUGCACGAGUACAAAGACGUCGAACCUCUCGACUGGUCCAACAUCAAAUUCCUCACCCUCAUCGGCACAGGCCGCAAACCCACCGACGACCCGUCCGGCCCUCACUCGGCCGACCUCGGCCCAGGAAACAACCACUUCAACAUGCUCCCGGGCACCCUCUGCGCUUUACAACCCGCUUCCUUCCGCGGCAACCCUUCAGAAGCCCUAGAAUCCCAAACCGGCCUCGCCUCCAUCGACGCCUGUUUCGUAGAUCACUGUCUCGGCGCCACCGCCGCCGUUUUCACCUGGCCGUCUGGUCUCAAAAUCUCCUUUUCGGGGGACUGUCGGCCCUCGGAUGCUUUUGCACAAAUCGGCAAGGGGUCGCAUUUGUUGAUCCACGAGUGCACGUUUGACGAUGAGCUUAUUGGGGAAGCCAAGGCCAAGAAACACUCGACUGCGAGCGAGGCGCUGGAUGUGGGGAGGAAAAUGGGGGCGAGGAGGGUGUUGUUGACGCAUUUUAGUCAGAGGUAUCCGAAGAUGCAGGCGCCUGUUUUGGAUGAGUUGGAGAGGCAGGAACAGAGUGUCAGUGGUGGGGAGAAAAAGGGUGACAGGACGGUGGUAUUGUACGCGUUUGAUUAUAUGAAGAUCAAGUUGGGCGAGUUCAAGAUGGCGGAGAGGUUCUUGCCGGCGCUGAGGGAGUUGUAUGGGGAGUUGGAGGAGAAUGAGGAGGAGGAUGGGGAUGGGGCGGAGGGUAAGGAGUAAGUAAAUAUGGAUGGUUGUUGGGCAUGUUACCGGUAUAUAGAAGGUUGGUUGCAUGGUUAUAGAUAGAGUGAUGAAAGAUUUAGGAGAAUAUACCCUGGUUGUCUGG